AUGUCGUCGACGGCGCCGAUCCAGAUGGCCGACAUGUCGCGCGACGCCCCGCCACAAGGGCUGCGGCGCCGCAAGCCCGGCCAGGAGACCGGCCCGUACGCCGACCUCCCCCCCGAGGAGCGCGAGGCCCUGAUGCGGCUCCACGCGCGCGCCACGCGCCGCACGCUGUUCGACCACCUGCAGCAGUGGGCGUGGAUCCUCGGCGCCGCCUUCGUACUGUACUUCGGCGACGGGCGCCGCCCGCUGCCCGCCGUGCUCGCGAACGACCCGCGCAUCCGCCAGGGCUGGCUGUCCAUCUUCUGUUUCGGCGUCGGCGCCAACUUCCUCCUCUUCCUCUACACCGCGUACUGGCUGCGGUGGACGGGCAAGUGCCUGCCGGGGCAGGACUACGAGGACGUGGCGCCGUGGGCGAUCCCGACGGCCGUCGUCAUGGGGCUGGUGUCGUUCGUGGCCGCGCACGUCGCGGCGUGGCCCGUGUGGGGCUUCUUGUGCAUCCCGAUGUGCAUCAUUCUCUACAUGGGCUUCUUCAUGGCCACGCUGCUCAUACCGGGGGGAGCCGAGGACCCCGCCGCGCCGGGACGGCCGCCGCCGAGGGGCGGCGCGGCGGGGAAGCAGGAGUAG